CCCUGACAGCCCCAGGAUUUCAGUCAUGGGACCUCCUGCUCACCUGCUGACAGGUCAGGUGGGUGCUGAGAAGUGGCACAAGGACACACAUGCAACAGUACAAGAAACCUCUACAUUGACAAAGCGAUGUGGCAAGGAUGCCCUCGAACUGUGGCGUCCUGCCAAGGUCCCCGGCCAGGCUGAGGAAACACCAUACGAGCGCAAACUGAAGAUUGACUCCUGGAAAUUCAAGAUAGAUGUCUCAGAUUCUGGAGAGGUGAAGAGAAAACCCCCGGAGGGGCCAGGGGUGACUCUAUGGAAAUGCAAAAUAAAGCCUCCCCCUUGGGUUGGAAAGUUAACCUUGCCUUGCACCCGGGACUAUAGCAACACAAAGAACAAUGAAUACGUGGCUCAGUACUUCAGGGAGACACGCCUGGUAGUAAGUCGCCUGCGCCAGGCUCUUAUUGAAAUCAACGAGCAGUUCAAGGGAAUAAUGCGUAUGCGGCAGCAACUGAAUGCCAUGUUGGAUAAAAUCCGCCAGGGCCUCAUGACCAAUAAGCAGAGCAAAGCCAUCCGAGAGCACCGGGCAGAAACAGAAAAG